AUGGUUCCCAAACGUAUUCUGGUUACGGGAGCAUCUGGCUACAUUGGUGGGACAGUCUUGAAGGCUCUGCUAAACAGCCCGUCCAAAGCGAUCCAAGAGAGUGAAAUCUCUGUUCUCGUGCGAACUGAGGAGCAGGCAAGAGUACUAAAGGAGCGUUUUCAAGUGGCGACCAUAGUGUUUAAUGGCUUCGAUGAUACUGAGACCAUCACUAAUGUUGCGUCUAAGCAUGAUGUUGUGGUCCAUACUGCGUCAGGGUUUGCUACUGGAUGCGCCAGAGCAUUGAUUACGGGCCUUGCGAAGCGCAAGCAAGCAAUGGGCUAUCAAGUCCAAUAUAUCCACACGUCUGGAACUUCGAACAUCGGAAAUAGUCCAUAUCUUGGACUGUACGACGAAGAGCCAUCCGGAGUAUUUACCGAUGAUAAUCCGAAGAAGACUGUAGCAGCGCUCCGUAGGAUGAACGCUGCCUUCAGCUACGAGCAGCGAGAAACGGAUCUGGCUGUUAUCGAGACAGGCAUUGAACAAGGUGUGAAGACCUAUAUUUUGAUGUCUGCCGAUAUUUAUGGAGAGGGAGAGGGGGAGUUCAAUAGAUUGACAAUCCAAGUCCCCAAAAUGAUCCGUUCGGCCUACCGUGAGGGCCAAGUGUGGGUUAUCGGCGAUGGAAGUGGUGUCUGGAAUCACGUGCACGUGCAUGAUCUUGGACUUCUAUACGAGGUCUUUGUGGCACGACUGCUUGAAGGAGUUGUGAUCCCUCACGGAGAGCAGGGUAUCUUUUUCACUGAGAAUGGAGAGCAUUCUUGGAACGAAGUUGCAAAUGGCAUCGCAACCACAGGUUUUGAAUUGGGCAAGCUUAAAACAAAGGAAGUACGCACUAUAUCACUCGCUGAAGCAACAGCGGAGCUUGGGUGGGGAAGCAAAAUGUGGACGGAGUCUGGAUUUGCGUCGACCGCAAGAACUUCGGGUACGUUGGCACGAUCUCUAGGUUGGAAGCCCACUCGCCCGAAGGAAGACUUCUUGGAACACUUCCGCGACGAAUGGAAUGCCGUGAUUGCUAAAGGUUUUUGA